AUGUUGGGUCGACAGGUAUUCACCUUGCACAAAAAGACCCUCCGAAUAACGCUCCUUCGGCGAUGGUUCUCAACCUUCUUUCGUGCAUUUCUUCUCCCGGUUAUCUUCACCGCAUUCAUCUCCUAUGCUCGUAAUUUAUUCAUUCCACCAGCUACGUACGGUGUCGGUACGCCUGCACAUGUGAGAGACCUGAGCAACGCUCUCUCGGCCCACCCGGAUCUCAAGCUUGUCUUUGUCACCAACGAUCUCGGAGGAGAGGUGCAAGACCUAGUUGAUGGAUUACUUACGCCACUUAGAAGUGCGGGAAGAAAUGUUGUAACGAUCAGUGAUCCAUUGAGAGGUCUGCAACAGGAGUGCAAACAGAGUCUCCGCGGUUCCUCGGACUGUUUUGCUGCUGUGGUUUUCAAUGGAUCUCCGGAGCGAGGUGGAAUUUGGAAUUAUACCCUUAGAGGGGACUCAUCCUUUGACUACGGGAGGAUUAAUACUGAGAACCAUGAUAAUCCUGCACAAGAAUUUCUACUCCCACUUCAGCUAGCGCUUGAUAAAGCUAUUGCUAGCCGGGCUAACUCAGGGAGCGCUGAUAACGUGCAAAUAGAUGAGUACAUGUAUACCGACAUGACUUCUGAGGAGCGAGAUGAGCAAAUUCGUGUCCGUUACAUGACUGCUAUCACCGACUAUAUUUCAAUCGCCAUUUUUCUCAGUCAUGUUGGUAUCAUCUACCACCAUACUGGGUUCCAGGCCACGGAGCGGGAACGCGGUAUUUCUACCCUUCUCGAAGCAAUGGGUGUUUCCAAAGCUGCCCGUCUGAUAUCCUACCAUCUGUCGUUUUCAUCACUCUAUAUCGCUGGUUGGGUAGUCAUGGGUUUUACAAUCGGAAAUGGUGUGUUUGCGAAUACAAAUAUUGGAAUAAUUAUUGUAUGGUAUCUCCUCACGGGAUGGGCUUGCGCAUCAUGGUCAAUAUUCGCCUCAUCGUUCUUCAAGCGCGCUCAACUCUCGGGAAUAUCAACAACCAUCGUAACUCUUAUCUUUGGUAUCAUCGCACAGGUUCUGAACAAGUCUUCUACUGGGGCUGUUGCAGUGCUUGGUUUGCUGUUUCCUUCAUGCAAUUUCGUGUUCAUGGCUGUACUACUGGGUCGAUUUGAGAAAGAGCGUCAGGGAGCAUCGUUACUUCGGGCACCACCUAACCAGGAAUCAAACCUGCCCGGUAUUGCCCUGUUUGUAUUUCUGAUCGUUCAAGGCAUUGGCUAUAUAAUCCUUGGAGCUCUGGUUGAGAAAUCGCUCUAUAGCACUAGCGGUAGCGACCAUAAGCCUACAACUGAUCCAGCUAAUGCUGUCGAGUUGAGAGGGUUCACAAAACGAUACGUCCCAAGUUUCAUCGGUAACAUCCUCUCGGGUGGGAGGAAAGAGACUGUUACAGCGGUUGAUAGACUUGACCUGAAUAUCCGCCAAGGACAAGUUCUCGUGCUCCUUGGUGCUAAUGGAUCUGGGAAGACCACCACUCUUGAGGCCAUUUCCGGUUUAUCCAAGGUCACGGAAGGUGAAAUCUUGAUUAAUGCCGGUGGCAAUGGUCAUAUAGGAAUCUGUCCUCAAAAGAACGUGUUCUGGGACGAACUUACAGUUGAAGAGCAUGUGCGAUACUGGAACAAACUUAAAUCAUCAGGCGACACGAAAGAGGAACUUGCACGACUUAUUGCUGAAUGUGACCUAACACCAAAGAAGCGAGCCUUCAGUCGAAACCUGUCGGGCGGUCAGAAAAGGAAAUUGCAACUCGCGAUUAUGUUUACUGGUGGCUCAAACAUCUGCGCUAUUGAUGAAGUGUCAUCUGGUCUUGAUCCUCUGAGUAGGAGGAAGAUUUGGGAUAUCAUUCUUCGUGCACGGGGCGAGAGGACAAUUAUUCUUACUACGCACUUUUUGGACGAGGCUGAUCUGCUGGCUGAUGAUAUUGCGGUACUGAGUCGUGGGACAUUGAAGUGCCGCGGUAGUGCUGUGGAGCUUAAAAAUCGCCUUGGGGGUGGAUAUAGAGUUCAUCUUCCAACUUGUGAUGGUCCAGAACUAGAAGGUGUUCCAACAAAAAGAUUAUACGACCAAACUGUCUACAACGUUCCCGAUUCUUCUGCAGCUGGUAGAGUUGUGGAUGCACUCGAAGCCCAAGGGACAGUAGAUUAUACUGUCAAUGGGCCAACAAUCGAAGAUGUCUUCUUGAAAGUUGCAGAGGAAACAAGUGGACUUCAAAAAGACGCAAAAGAGGCUCAAGGCGAGGGAGAUGAUGGAGUGGAGCUGUUCCCUGGGAAGAGACUUGGCAUCGUUAAACAAACCUUCGUUAUGUUUCGCAAAAGACUCACUAUUCUUCGGAGAAAUUAUUUUCCGAUUUUCGCAGCAACAGUGAUACCAAUCAUAGCGGUUGGGGUGACUAUGAUCUUUCUGAAGGGUUAUGAUCGGGCCACUUGCUCAAAUGCGGAUACUAUUUCCCGCGGUGAUACCUACAGCCUGACCUUUGAUGUCGAUCUCAACAUCGUUCUAGGCCCCCGUGAAGCAAUUUCGGGUUUCAAUAUAUCAAGUUAUAUCGAGGGGGAUUCCUCCUCCUCUAAUGGGAUAACCGUAACUUUCAACGAUGCAAAUAUCAGCUUUGUCAAUACAUUUCCCGACUUUACCCAGUAUAUUCGGACCAAUUAUUCGGAUGUUAGCCCUGGAGGAUUUUUCAUAAACAACAACAGUGAUACACAGGCUACCUAUGCUUACCUGGGGAACAGAGGCAUUAGAAAUUCAAUGAUUGUACAAAACGUUGUGAACAAUCUGGUAUUUGGACAGCGAGUUUCAGCUAGUUACGCAGAGUUUGAUAUUCCGUGGAGACCGGAACAGGGAUUGACACUCCAAUUUCUAGUUUAUACCGGUCUUGUUUUUUCCGUAUUUCCAGCAUUUUUCGCGCUUUACCCGACCCUCGAACGUAUUCGAAAUGUUCGCGCAUUACAUUAUUCCAAUGGUGUCAGGGCUUUACCAUUGUGGCUUGCAUAUCUCCUCUUUGAUUUCGUCUUUAUUCUCAUCGUAAGCGUUAUCGCAAGUAUCAUUAUGGUAACUUCUACUGGGGAUAUUUGGUAUAACUUCGGAUAUCUAUUUUUGGUGAUUGUGUUGUAUGGGAUUGCAAGUAUACUCUUGGCAUAUAAUGUGUCUUUGGUGGCGAAGAGUCAAUUGAGUGCGUUCGCAUUUGUUGCCGGUGGUCAAGCUGUGAUGUUCUUGCUCUACUUCAUCGCGGUGAUGUCAGUUUUCACCUAUGCGCCGACCUCAAAAAUCGAUGAGCAGUUGAACAUUGUGCACUUUGCGAUUGCGGCUAUCUCACCAAUUUCAAACUUUACCCGCGCGGUUUUUGUUGCGCUGAACAUCUUCUCUGUCUCCUGUCGUGGAGAACAGUAUGCAGGCAACCCUGGCGGAAUGACACUCUAUGGUGGUCCAAUUACCUAUCUCAUCUUACAGUCUAUCUUCCUCUUUUGCACGCUUCUCUGGUGGGAUAGUGGCCGUUUUAGACUCCGAUUUGGAUCACGUACAGUCAAAACAAAAGAUGCCAACGAGGAAGAACAAGAAGUAGGUACUCUUGGAGGUGAAAAGAAAUUCAUCGGUGAUGAAAUGAGACGAGUGGACUCGUCAAAUGAUGGACUACGUGUUAUGCAUAUUACCAAAACGUUUGGGAAGAAAGUAACUGCUGUCGACGAUGUUACUUUUGGUGUGCCCCGAGGAGAGGUAUUUGCGCUUCUUGGACCUAACGGCGCAGGGAAAACCACUACUAUCAACAUGAUUCGUGGCGACAUGGUCCCUAAUACUGGUGAUAUCUUUGUUGAGAAUAUCUCUGUUACCGGAAAUCGUCCCGCUGCUAGGUCGCAUCUCGGUGUGUGUCCGCAAUUCGAUGCUAUGGAUCGUAUGACUGUCGAAGAGCAUCUCCGCUUCUAUGCACGUGUUCGUGGCGUUGAGGAUGUUGAGCACAAUGUCGCGCAGGUUAUAAAGGCUGUUGGACUCGAGGCAUUUAAGAAACGAAUGGCAGAAAACCUGUCUGGUGGUAAUAAGCGGAAACUCUCUCUUGGUAUCGCGUUGAUGGGCAAUCCGACCGUUCUUCUUCUUGAUGAGCCCUCUUCCGGUAUGGAUGCUGCUAGCAAACGUAUAAUGUGGAAGACUCUCGCUGGUGUAACUCGCGGCCGGUCUCUUGUACUCACUACCCACUCCAUGGAAGAAGCCGAUGCCCUCGCCUCUCGAGCUGGUAUCCUUGCAAAGAGCAUGCUUGCCAUGGGAACUGGAGAUCAGCUACGCCGAAGAUGGGGUGAUGGAUAUCAUGUUCACCUUGUCCUAAGAUCCGCACCCGCGAGCACACCUGAGGAAAUGGAGAGGCUCAAGGGUUGGGUUCUGACAAGAUUUACAGGCGCCAGGGUUGAGGAUAGGAGUUUCCAUGGGCAGAUGAGGUUCUCUGUGCCAAUUGAUGCGGAGGAAGAUGAGGCGGAAGCUGACGAUGAGGGAGUUGAAGGAAUGGCGAGGAAAGGAAAUUCUAGGGGAGUUAAUAGGGUCUUCAAGGCGUUGGAGAAGGGCAAGGAAGGAUUAGGGCUGGAAUUUUAUAGUGUCAGCCAGAGUACACUUGACCAAGUAUUUUUGACAAUUGUUGGUAAUGCGAAUGUUUCAGAAGAGGGUUACGGAAAGCCAGAGAAGAAGAGGUGGUGGAAAAGCUCUUAA